UUUGAUUAGACCCCAAUUAAAAAAAAAAUCAAAACCGUGUUUGCCUUCUGCCCUGAGAGCUCCAUUUACAAGGCUUGAAGAGGCAAACCUUUCUUUCCCCUAUACUGAAAAGGGAUUUUCCCCCUCAUUGCUCAGAAGCCCCCCCUCCUCCCGGAUAGAGCCCUAAGAACUUCAUUGGAGGCUUCUGAUUGGUUGGGGCUUUGCUCUGGAAGCCCCCCUCCUCCCCUUCCCACCGGCUCUGGGUUGAGAGAGUUGAUCCAGGCUGAACCCGCCCCUUUGGAAAAGAAAAUUUCUUUCAGGGUGCCCUGUGCCAUCGGAGAGAGGCUGAUGGUGUGGGGCUCCCUUGGGCUGGUGGCGGUGCUGGUGCCCAUGGGGCUCCUCGGUCUGGUCCUGCCCUGGGCGCUGGUGGCAGUGACUUUGGGGGAAAUACCGGAUUCGCUGGUGAGGCAGGCGGCCUCCUGCCUGACGGCGUGCACAGGGUCAGCUGAUCCCCACCUCCCUGUGGGCACCAGAUACACCUAUCACUUUUCCACCAACACCAGUACUGGCCUGCAGGGGGACCCAGUGGAGAGGGGUGGCCUUGGCCUCCAAGGCUUGGUCAUGGUCGAUGUGCUUGGCCCGUGCCAGAUGGCCUUAUGGCUCCAAGACUUCCAGGCGACAUCCAUCCUGGGGCCCAAGGUGGCAGCUCUGAAGGAGUCGGAGAACUUAAGUACCAUCCUGAGCCGCAGCCCGCUGCCCUUUGUCCUGCGGGCCGGGCGCGUGGCCCACCUGUGUCCCCGCCGUGCAGAGCCCCGCUGGGCGCUGAAUGUGAAGCGUGGGGUGCUGAGCCUCCUGCAGGGUCUCCCUGGAGCCAGUGACCCCCAGAUCCUUGAGGAGGUGGACGUCCUGGGCAGGUGUCCCACCACGUACCGGCCACAGGGUGACCAGCUGCGCAAGACCAAGGACCUGGCGCGCUGCUCCCUUCGCCAAGUGCGCUCCUCCCUGCGUGCCCAGGCCCUGCCCGGGGAGGAGGCCGGCCUGGCCUCCCGCCUGACCUGCCUCCAGAGUUUCCAGGCUGGCGUGCUGAGGGAGGCCUCCUGCACGGAGCUGCACACCCUGGGGCCCCUCUCUGAGAAGGCAAGUGCUGUGCAGAUGCGGACGCUUUCCUCGCUCACCCUGCUGCGUGAGAUGUCCCUGGAUCCAGCUGUCACAGAUCCAGAUGAUGGAGAUGUGACUCCAAGCAGCCUGUUGUACGAAUGGGAGGAAACACAGUCUCAGGCUACAGUAGUCACAGCGGCCACAUUGGUGAGGAUGCUGUGCCUGGCUCAGACCACGAGUUUUGAGGCUGCAGAACUGUUCCUGACACUGGUGUCUGAGCUCCAGGGCCUCUCCCCAGAUGAGCUGUUGGCCCUGUGGCGACAAUCUUCCUUUAAAUGCCGGGACAACUGGCAGCCGCUGGUGGACGCCCUGCCCUCCUGUGGCACCGAGCCCUGUGUGGGCCUCAUGAAGGACCUCAUCGUGUCCGGGGAGGUGGAGGUGGACCAGACGGAAGCCUGGCUCUGGUCGCUGGCCUUCAUCCCGCAGCCCACGGAUGCCAUGGUCCACAUGCUGCUGCCGCUCCUGCACACCUCGGGGGCCAGCCCCACCGCCUUCCUUGGUAUCUCGGCCCUGGUGCACAACCUCUGUGCCUCCCUGGACGGGCCCUGUGGACAGCUGCCUGGUGUCGGCUCCCUCGUGAGGACCCUGGGACAGGCCUUGGGUGCCAACUGCACCUUCCAGGAGCCCUCGGACGCUGACCAGCUCCGGCUUGUGCUGAAGGCGAUUGGCAACGCGGGCCUGGCGGCCACAGCUCUCAGCCCCACACUGAGCACCUGCGCGUCUCAGAGGGGCUGCCCCCCUGAGGUCCGCCUGGGGGCCAUCCAGGCCUUCCGGAGGGUCCCCUGCUCUGCAAACCGAUCUGUGCUUUCCCGUCUCUACCAAAAUCCGGAGGAGGACGCUGAGAUCCGCAUCAACGCCUACCUGGCCCUGAUGAGAUGCCCUGGUGAAGAGGUGUUUGCCCAGGUGCGGCGCACCCAGGCAAGCGAGCAGUCCACCCAGGUGGGCUCCUUUGUGUGGAGUCACCUGAUGCAGCUGCUGGAAACUGAUGACCCUCUGAAGCGAGCUCUCCAGGAGGCCCUCCCUGAGGACAUCCUGAGCCAGGAGUUCCAGCCAGAGACCUGGAAACACUCAUCCUAUUCCGAUGUCACCUUCCGCUCAGUGUCUGGCAGUCUGGGAAUGAACCUGGAGCGGACCCUUCUCUUUUCUCCAGCCUCCUUUCUCCCCCGUUUUGCCAUGACUAACCUGACCAUCCAUGCCCUAGGUCAUGGCUUCAACCUCCUGGAGCUUGGCCUCCGCCUGGAAAAUGCAGAGAAAAUCAUCCACAGGCUGUUGGGCGGGAAGUCAUUGUGGGGGCAGGAAGAGGAGAGAGAGGGCCAGCCGGAGAAGUCCUCAGAGCCAGACCCAGGGCCCUCAGCACAGGCAGCCAAACCUGACUGUCCAGAAGAAAGGUCCAGAAAGAUGAGAGACCUGCAGCAGAAGGUGGCCCGGAGGCGCGCGGAGCGGCGGGCGCUGCGGUGUGAGCUGAGUGUGAAGGUGUUCGGGCACGAGCUGAGCUAUGUGAACUGCGGGGUGAUGGGGAGCCACGUGAAACGCCAGUCCUUGCACCUGGCCGAGCUGGCAGCCAAACUCCUGAAGGGACAGGAGGUACAGGUGAACCGGAGGCUGAACCUGGCCACGCAGGAGCUCACCUUCCCCACCGUGUCUGGCCUUCCAGCCCGGCUGACCCUAAAUGCCUCGGCUGCCAUCGGCGUCCGAGUCCGGGGGACUGCCGACUUCCAGCAGCACCUGGAUUUCUCCGUGAAUGGUUAUGUCAAGCCCAGUGCCCUGCUCCAGAUCUCAGCGCAGAUGGGCACAGUGGGCACCCUGGGGCAGGCCGGGCUGCGGUGGGUGACCAGCGUCCGUGGCACUGCCAGCCUGGAUGGUGGGAUUGAGGCGAGGAAGGGCCGGGACCUCCACGUGCACCUGAACACCCCCGAGGAGGCUGUGGAGCUGCUCAGCUUCAGCUCCAAGCUGUAUCUCGUCACUGGGGAUGGCGUGAGGAGCCUCAGUGAUGUUCACAGCCCUUCUGGGGCCCAGUCCUGUACUGACGAGAAAGCGUCCCACACCUGGGGCUGGCAGCUGUGCACAGAAGUCACCUGGCCGGCAGCUGGCCAGCCCUACCUGCUCUCAGGGCCUGUGUCUGCGGCUGUGACACUGAAGAAGCAGGAUCGGGGCCUCCAGCGAUACCUUCUGGAAGCUGCCUAUACCUUCCACCCCCAGAAGGACAGCUGGCUCCCUCUGGAAGCUUCAGCUCACCUCUUCAUGGGCACGCCCGAGUCAGACGUGCCCAGGGAUGUCGGGGUAGACGUGAGCUACAGUGCACCCCAGGGGAAGUUCCGGCUCAAGCUUCAGCAUCCCAGGAAGAAAGUGCAGCUGGAUGGAAAGAUCGAGACUCUCCAGAGUACCCGCGUCGGUCACCUGGAGCUGAUUCUGGAUGACAGGGACGUCUACUACAUCAAGGGACGGAGUGACCUGUGGCCAGCAGCUGGCAGUGAGGCCCAGCUGUUUGAGGCCCAGCUGGAGGUGAAACUGGUGACGGCGGGCAGCCCUGUGGUCCUCACUGGGAACCUCAGCCAGCAGGCGGGCAGCAAGUUGGCCUUCUCCGUCUCGCUGAGCAACCUGCUGAGCGACCAGGCCCACCUGUCAGUGCUGCUAGAGAGGAAGGCAGAGGAUGGGCUGCAGGUGGUGGCCCUGGGCGGCGAGCUGUCCGUGCCGGGUUCCAUGGGACUGCACAUCCUGGGCUCGCUGCAGCGGCACAGCCGCCUCUGGACCAGCUCCCUGAGGAUCAAGUACGGCCUCUUGGGUCAGGCGAGGCAGCUGGCACACGAGUGCAGCACCAGCCAGAAGCUGCGGGCGCACAGUGGCUCAGAGGGGGCCUAUGAGCUGGAGCUGGACCAUGAGCUCCACUGCACCCAGAUCCCAGCGCUCAGCCACAAGGCUCAGCUCCGGCACCAGGAGGGCUUGGGCCACCUACACUCACAAUUGGAGGUGAGCUACGGGGAGCACUGGAAUGAGAGCAGCAAUAAGAGGCGGCUCCGCGUCAGCCAGACCUUCCAGAACGACUCAGGCCCGGCCUUGAGCAAUUACUUCACGGAGUUUGUGCUACAGGUGACCGAGAGGCAGGUGGAUUACCGUCUGCAGAUGUAUCACUCGAGCCUUCGCCAGCCACACAUGGAGAGCAGCACACACCUGAAGGUGCAGUACAAUGGGCGGCUGCCCUUUGUGGCAGGCUUGCGGUGGAAGGACACGUCUCGAGCUACCCUGUGGAAGUGGGAAGGUGCUUUGAACCUGGAUAGUCCCUGGCUGAUGAUCUCUGUGGCUCACAGGCUGUACUGGCCUCACCGUCCCACAUUCCAGGCCAUCCUGGAGCUGACGCUGGGCAAGGCCUGGACCCUCAAGAACCUGGUGAUGAACGUGGCCUUCAGGGGCCAAGGCCUCGACAGGGAGGGCAAGAUUCACAUCUAUACCCCGGCCACCACUUACCUCCGGGUAUCCACGGUGAUGACCUUGGCACAGAGCCUCUUCCGCAGCCGGAGUGAAGUAGAAUCAGCCUGGAGUGCCACGGUGCAGAACGAGAUCCACGCAGAGAACAGCCAAGACCUUAAGAUAGUUCACUGCUGGUUGAAGGGCCCCCUGCGGGAGAUGAACUUGACUGCAGCCUACAGGCACACGGAGCAGCCCCGGAAGACCCACGUGUCGCUGACGGCUCUGGUGACUGGCACCAGGGGCCAGCCUCGGGGCCUGGAGUUGGACGGCAAGCUGGAGGAGGUGACUCGCGAUGGGAGGUUGUACCAGAAGCAGGGGACCUUCCUCCUCAGGCACCCCUUGCCUCUGCCCAUCCCGCAGAGCCUCCUCCUGCAGGAGACCUUCACGGCGGAUGGGCGCCACCAGCGAUGCUCCCUGGAAACCAGGCUUGUCCUGAAUGGCCGGGAGGAGACCCUGCAGACCGUAGUCCUGGGCUACCAGGCCGGACACCCCUACGUCUGCGCUGGCCUGACCCACCCGUACAAGAGCGAGGCCAUUCCCGGGAACGUGGAGGGGUGCGCCGUCGCCUGGAGUGAGCACGCCGCUAAGAACAGGGAGGUCGAGGCCACUUUGAAAGUCAACCAGAACGUCGUCCUGCACUUAAAGGGUCUGCACCAUGACCGAUCUCAGCAUGGGGAAAUCUGGCACAGCCUGGCCCUGGAUGCUGCACACUCCUCCCAGCUGAGGCUCCCACAGGCCCUGCAUUUGGAUGGGGACGUUGUCUUCAGACGGGGUCCUCGGGGAGCAUUUGACCGCAGGGUGGACACAAGGGCUGCCAUCAACCGCAACGUCACCUCCCAGGUCUCAAUCCAGCUGAACGGAUCUGACUCCCACUUGGCGUUCCUCUUCCAGCUCAGACAUCCCCACAGACCAGCAUUUCCUCCAGACUUCCAGGUACAGGUGGCUGCCCAACGAUACAAAGACCACACCCUCAGCGGCUCCCUGUCUAUGCACACCUCCAGCCAGGAGCUGCUUCUGCUGGAGGCCGACACCAGCCAGGACACCCAGAGACGCAGUCGAGGCUGGAGCAUGAAUGUCCUCCUCCACCAGGCAGUCCUCAGUGCCCCCCAGGCUGUCCAGCUGCAGCUGUCCAGCAAAGUGGCCCCAGCCAGGGUUUGGCUGUUUUAUAAGGCGCUGGUGGACCAGAACACGGCACAGCUUCUCCUCAAGGCUUCUGCGGAGCAGAGGGGAGGCCACGUCCUGACCCUGCAGAGCCAAGCCCAGCACACGGUGGCUGGUUGGACAGCUGUGCCCCACCUCCUGACCCUCAAGGGCAUGCUGAAGCAGAAGAAAACUCUUAGAGAGGGCACCAUCAAGGUCACAGCUGACUCAGCUGUGCUGGGCUUCCUCCUGCGGGACAAGCACGAAAAGACAGGGAACAGCACCAGCGUGCACAGUGUGACCUGUAUCCUCACCCAGAACAGCAGCCAGGCUUUGCCGAGAGAGCUCUGGCUGAGAGGGCAGCUGCAGGCCCAGACGGGGAGCCUUGGGGGCCAGGCCCGGCUCCGGGCCGAUGCGGCCAGCCUGGCUCUGGGUGGCAUCUGCACCUGGGGCUCUGGGCAUGGCCAGCUCUCAGGCCACCUAAGUCACAACAUCAGCACCUUGGGUGAGGCAGGACUCCCGUCGGAGGCAGAGAUGCACCUGUCACACACCCAUGUGGCCUCCAACCUCUCCGCGAGCCUGGCCCUGCGCAGUGCGUGGGGUCAGCUGGACGCCGCCCUCGGCCUGGACCGCCCGACCCCCGGCGCCCCGGGAGGCCUGCUCCGUGCCCGCCUGGCCCACAAGGUGCCCGGCCUCGGGCGCUGGGGCCUCCCCUCCUCCGUGGACGGCCGCGGCCACUUCCAGAGCGCGGGACACCGCGUGGAGGCCGGGCUGACGGCGAGCGCGGACGGGGAGCAGCUCCGCGUGGCCCUGGAGGCGAGGGCGCAGCGCGGCCACCACGGGCUGGCCCUGCGGCUGCAGCACGGCCUCUCGGCGCUGCUGGGCACCUGGCCUGCGCGACGCCAGGUCAACUGUACUGGAGACACCUCGCCCGCCCAGCUGUCAGGGCUCUGCUGGGGGGACUUUGCCAGGCAGCCUCUUGAGGCCUCUGUGGGUGCUCCCAGCAGCGGCUCCAGCUUGGAGCAUUCCGCACGCAUCUCGGUGGGGCCCACGUCCCUGAACUACUCCGUCAGCUGCUGUCACCGUGCUGGGCACCUGGAGCUUUCUGGCUGGAGCUCGCACAACAGCGUGACCUUGUUGCGGGCUGGGGUCCCGGGCCAGGCCGGCCUCAGUGCCAAGCUGCAGACACACGAGACCCAGACCCAGGCCAGUGUGGCCCUCCACGGAGGGGACGGUGGUGUGAGCGCAGACGUGGCUGCCCUGGCGGCCUGGCCCACGAACGGCACCCUGGAGCUGGUGGUGAACGCCAGCCACACGGCACCUGCCCUCCGGAGGCUGGGCCUGCCCUUUGCCAGCCAGCUCGUGUUCCAGAAGCUCUGGGCAGAGGGACGGGUGCGCUCUUCCCUACGGCUGACCUGUGACUCUCAAGCCAGCCUGGUCCUCGAUGUGCGUGGCCAGAGCCGGGCACUCAGCAAAGAGCUGCAGCUCUGGGGCCAGCACCACCUCCCCGGCCUCCUGGGCCGCUGCCCCAGCAGAGCCUCAGCCGCCGCCAAGCUGCAGUACUCGGAGCAUGAGGCCCAGGGCACGAUUUCCUUGGCGGUGGAGGAGCAUCGUCUCCACGUGGGCAGCAGGCUGGCGACUGCGAAGGCCCGCGUCACCAGCAUCAUCAGGCUGGAACAGACCUUCCCCCAGUUCGGCGCCUUUCCCAGGGAACUGGUCCUGCAGACCUCAUAUGAGAGAGCCCACGGGGCCCACGCCCUGCACCAGACGGUUCUGUGGGACAACCAGGAGGUGGUCCUCAACGGGGGCCUCUCUGGGCCCUUCCCCAGGCUCGCGGGGAACCUCAGCCUGCAGGCGGAGCUCGCCCACCCGCCGUGGCACAGCGGCCUCCGCCUGUCCUGCGAGCAUUCACGACGCAGACAUCGGGACGACCUGGUUGUGCGCUGGGAUGACAAGGACCAGGUGGUGGUCUCCUCCUCUCUGCUCUUGGGGAAGGGCCAGCUGGCCGCCCGCCUGGCCCUGGCUCAGCCCUUCAACCUGUCCUGGUGGCGCAUGGAGGCUGGCGGCCUUGCUGAGCGCAGGGGCGGCAAGCAGAGCCGGCAGGUCCAGCUGGCCUGGGAUGGAGGGCAGCCGGUGACCUUGCACCUGACCUGGACCGACAGGUCCUCGCAGCGCAGCAGCACCUGGGACGGCUGCCUGGCCGCCUCCCCGGGACAGCUCCAGGAAACAUGGGGCCUGAGUGCCCUCAAGGCCUGUGGGGCCUUAACACACACCCCGGCCGUGUUCAGCGAGCAGCUCGACCUGUCCUGGGACCGACGCAGGGUGCGGCACAACCUGACCUACGAGAGGCAUUGGCCGUCCCAGCCAGACAGGAUCCACGCCGAGGCCGUGCUAGAGCACAUCUUCACCACCUCCUGCACCACACACAGCUUCCGGGGAGAAGUGGACACCGACUACACCCACUGGCUGCGCCAUUCCCUGCAGCUGGGGCUCUGCGACCUGCCCAGGGCUCUCUCAGUCUCCGGGGAGCACACCCUGGGCCACAGGGAGCUCCUGCUGCAUUCCCACUGCCAGCUGGGCCUCACCCCGGACCCAGACCAUGGCCUGCAGCUCAGCCUGACGCUCCGCAACCACAGCAAGCCUCGGACACCAGACUUCUCCGGGGAGCUGGAGAUCCUCAGCCCCAAGGCUCAGCGCCUUGGCCUGCGGGGCCGCGUCUCUACCUCAGCUUCUCGGUUCCUUGUCCAGCUAGAGGGACAUGUGGGCGACGGGGAUGAGAAAGUGCGGCUGUCGGUGUUGCGGGCCCAGGGCUGCCUCCAGGCCUCUGCGGGCCACGAGGAAGGGAGCCGAGAGGAGAGUGUCGUGCUGCGGGCGUGUGCCCACAGGCGGACGGCUGAGGCGGAGGCCCUGCUGCAAGACGGCGGGCGGCCCGGGCCAUCCCUGGGACGCCUGACCCUGCAGGCUGCCAACCAGAGCCUCCGCCUGGCGGCGCAAGGCUGCCAGGAACCCCUGCUGGGCCGCGUGGAGUCCAGAAUCACAGCCAUUGGGGCCCAGGUGCGAGCCCAGCUGGAGAAGAAGGUCCGAGGCUUGGAUGCCUACGUGGAGAGGUUCCGGCGCCUGGUGCGGCCGGCGGGCACCCUGGACAGUGUGGUGGGCCCCAUCCUGCAGCUAUCCCACGCGGGACUGGACGCUGUGCUGGCAAGUGGCCGGGCGGCGGCCUCGCUGUGGAGCCAGAGCCAGGCCAGGCGGGCGCUGACACACCACUUGCCACUCUACCUGGAGAGGCUGCAGGCCGGGCUGGAGCAGCUGCGGAAUGAGCUGGAACGGCCCCUGGCCACGCUGAAGGAUGCCUACCUGGAGGUGACACUGCGGCCCCUGGACGAGCUGUGGCAGGAACGGGCGCAGGAGGCCGUGCAGCUGUUGCGGGCCUGGGACGCGGCCCUGCCCGGCCAGGCGGACCCUGAUGGCUCUCGCCGCCCGCCUCCCCUGCAGGCCGCCCGCCAGAUGCUGUCCUGGGCCGAAGCCACUUUGUCACGGGCCCUGAGGAGGCUCUGCAAGCCGUUGCUGGCUCUGUACAGCUUCUCAGCCAGAAACUGCUCUGUGAUGGUGACACUGCCGCUGCUGCCUGCGGGGGACGAGCCCCUGACCAUGGCCCGGGUGACCGGCCACCUGGUGGAGGAGAAGCUGCUGCGGCCCCUCCGCGAGCUGUACGGGACCCGCGUGCUGGCCGAGUACUACCGGCUGCAGCGUCUCCUGCUGGAGAGCCCCCAUGACUACCAUGCUGUGGUGGCCGGGGACAGGCAUGUGGUAACCUUCGAUGGCCAGGUGUGGAGUCUUGGUGGCCACUGUGGCAGUCUGCUGCUGGCCAAGGACUUCGCCCACAACACGUUCUCGCUGACGCUGAACCGGGCCCCUUCAGGACUCACAUCCCUGUCCGUGGAGCUGAACCACACGACCCUGGUCCUCUACCCAAACCUAAAGACCUACAAGCUGUACGACUCCUCCCUGCCUACGGAGAUCUGUCCGCACCUGGAUCUGCCACCUGCUAAGACAAGGGGGGACAUUCCCAAGAUCGAACUGACCAGUGAGGACGGCAUCUCAGUCACCUAUGAUGUGCGAACUGGCCUCUGCAGCCUGACUCUGGGCCUCUGGCUCCAUGGUGUGUCUGCUGGCCUUCUAGGUACCAAUGACAAUGAGGCAGCCAAUGAGUGGAUGCUGCCAGAUGGCAAAGUGGCCCAGAGCCUGGAGGAGCUCACCCUCGCCUGGCAGGUAGGUGGUGACUGCAGGGCCAUGGAGAAACCUCAGGAGUGCCCAGCCCAGAGCCUCACCUGCUGGGCCUUCUUCCAGGACCCUCAUUCCUGCCUGGGGAACUGCUUCAGAGUGGUGGACCCCACACCCUUCCUUGGCCUGUGCAACCAGGACACCUGUGGCACCCAGGAGCUCCACUCUGCCUGUAACCUGGCAGCCACUUACAUCCACUUGUGUGCCCGGGGCUUCGUGCCCCUGGACCCUCCUCCACAGUGUGUUUGAGUCUCCCCAAGCCAGCACCAGACUGCCAAUGAUUUCAGACUCCUUCCUCCUCUCCCAUCAAUCCCAGCUCCUCAGCAAGACCUGGAUUCUUAUUCUUGGCUGGGACAGAACCGCCAGCAUGAAAUGGCAGGAGGUUCAGAGAUCACAAUUGCUAUAGCAAAUGAGGGCUUAGACUCAAGGAUUUCAAAAUACUUCUAGGGAUAAUAAAGUUCACAACUGGUCUGGAUGAUUCUCUCCCUUCCUCCUCGACACCUGCACUGCUCUUUAGGAGACAGCCUGGCCCGCUGGGCCCACCUCAGAAGAGGGAACUCCAUUCCAGCAACUAUUCUUACCCAAGAUAUUUUUUCUUGCUCAGCUGCUGCAUCUGAGGCCUCCACUGUGUGAGCCUGGGCUGCCAUGGGGUCUUCCCGGUGUGGGACUGGCUUCCCUGGCCUUCUGCAGCAUCUCCCUUAAGGCACGAGACUCCUUGAGGCAGACUCAUGGUCCCAAAUCUCUUCAUCAUAAGCCUGGUGGGAGAGUGUCCUCUUUGGGGCAGAUGCUGACCCUGGAACUGAAUGUUUGGGGGACAUUUGAGAAGGCCUCCUUUUUGAGGGGCUGGUUUCCACAGACACGUGCUAGGGGCACUCAGGCCCCAAGGAUACAGCCUUUCUUUAGGAAGGCAGACCGAUCCUUUGAAAUUUUGUCUGAAAAAUACAUAUAUGGUGGAUUCCCUUAACACGUCCAUUGGAUUGAUGGGACCAACCAUCCACUGGAAAGAUGGGAGAGGCUUGGGUGCCCGUGAAAUCUGCCCACCAGUAGGAGGCUCCCUCAAGCCCUCUGUACACAGAGUCCUAAGGUCCAGAUUCCAGAGCACAGAGCAAAGUGUCAGACAGGAGGGAUGGGGCAACCAGAAGGUCGGAUGCCAGAUUCAGUUGCCCUGGCCUCCCCACACAGAAAUCCCCAGCACACGGCAGAUGCUCAAUAAAGUUUCAAAGAAGGAACUCUAGAGAGUGUGAGAGUUUCUUGAAGAAGGCAUGCCUGGGGCCCAUCUAGCACAUUCCCACACACUGGAGGGAAGGGGGAGGAGGAGGGGUGUUCUGAUUUGUUGAGCA